UAAUGUGAGUGAGGCCCCACACGUGGUUCCGGGUUCGCUCUGAGUGUUUCUCUUCUCUGUUGAGUGUCAGCAACAAUGUCCAGCGGCACCGUUCAGGCAGCAGCGGUAGGAGCAGCAGGAGGGGGGAGCUGCGGGGCCGAGAACGCAGAGAAGAAGCCCCUCAAGCCGUGCUGUGCAUGCCCGGAGACGAAGAAGACUAGGGACGCAUGCAUCAUCGAGAAGGGGGAGCUUCAUUGCGGCGAGCUCAUCGAGGCACACAAGGAGUGCAUGCGCGCCCUGGGGUUCAAGAUCUGAUGUCCGUGGGGACUCACGCCGCACGCCACUCGAUGGCCGUAGAGAUUGGCGUGACCUUGGAUGACCCCCCUCAACCGCCAACCCAACAACAUCGCCCCCCCAUCCUUGAAACCCACAUCAUAAACACACGGAUCCCACUGGGACCCAUGUCCUUUGGGGGGGGGGGGGCGGAUGUGUGGAGGGGGGGUAAGAGAGAAAUGUUUAUUUUAAACACUUAGUAUUAUUAUUGUUGUUGUUCUCUUCGAGAUAAACUCAAUGAAACCGA